AUGAGGUUGGCCGGAGCUAUAUUCUCCAAUGUGACGAAAAUGCUGGACUUUUAUUCACAAUUUAAUCCAUCGCCGUUGUCUAUAAAACAGUUUAUAGACUUUGGUUUAAAUGCAUGCGAAAAAAAAUCCUUCAUAUUCCUCAGAAAGGAGUUACCUGUAAGGCUAGCGAACAUAAUGAAAGAGAUAGCACUACUCCCAGAGAACCUACUUCGCAUGCCAUCUGUGGGCCUCGUAAACCAGUGGUACGAACGAUCAUUCGAAGAGAUCAUACAGUUUGAGAAGAUGGAGCCGGAGCCACCUGUACUUAGCAAGUUUUGCGAACGCCUAGCCCAUAUAAGAAACCGGCAUGCCGACGUAGUGCAAACGAUGGCACAAGGUGUAUUAGAGUUAAAAGAAUCGCACGAAGUAGAUUCUGGCACCGAGGUGUCGAUACAGUACUUCCUCGACCGCUUCUACAUGAGCCGGAUAUCUAUAAGAAUGCUUAUCAAUCAACACACCCUCCUAUUCGGCGAGCAAGUGGGAGUGGGCAAGCAAGCAUCAGUAAACGGCAUGGGCAACGGCGGUCGCCACAUCGGCUCCAUCGAUCCAGCGUGCGACGUCGUCGCCGUGGUACGCGACGCAUAUGAAAACGCAAGAUUUCUAUGCGACAGAUACUAUUUGGCUGCACCUGAUCUGGAGAUUUUGCAGAAAGGAGGUGAGUUGUUUGAGACCCAAGAUUCCUCUUAUCCUAUCGAUGGCAUAGACUAUACCACAGAUUACUUACCUAAUAGUCAUCACCAGCCGAUCAUGAACAACAUAAAGAAAGUGGCGCGGUUGAAUUGGACACAGGUGGCACAGAACCGAAAGAAGUGGCAGAAACUGACAAAAGUCUACUCCGAUGUGUGUUACGUAUUUUUUAUAAAAAAAAAUAUAUCUCUUCCAGGCUACGGGUACGGCCUGCCAAUCAGUCGACUCUACGCGCGCUACUUCCACGGUGAUUUGAUUCUUAUGUCUUGUGAAGGAUACGGCACUGAUGCCGUCAUUUAUCUAAAGGCUCUUUCAAACGAAGCGAACGAACUACUACCGGUGUUUAACAGAUCGACGUCAAAGUUCUACCGGCCUGUACCACAACUGGCCGACUGGUCUGGGACACCCAACACCACAGGCUCUGCGCAGACGCGCAGCAAAGAGAAACGGAAGCCUGUAUCGCAUAGUCUUUAGUCUACGGAUGGCCUGUGUCCCUUGACCGACUUAAAUUCGUGAGUGUGAUGGACCGGUCUUGACGAGACAUUUUUUAAUUAAUGUGGUCUAUAGUGAACUGUAGUGGUCUGUAGUAAAUUUAAUGUUACUGCAGUCUAAUAUUGUCUUACUGUUUAAGAUUAAAGUAGACCUAAACCAAGUUCGAGUGUCAAGGGCUGUAAUUGACUAAAAAGAACUAAACUUAUCCGUAUGGGUAAACUUUGUGGUCUACGUACAUAGAAGCUAUAGUAUAUCUUGAAUAGUCUAACAUUAAAAGUACAGGCCAAAAUUAGGGUCGAGUGUCAAGGCCUGUAAUUGACUAAAAUGAACAUAGUAAUUAAAAAAUUAACUUUAUGUACGGAGGCGCUGUAGUAUAUCAAGAGUGGUCUGAAAAUAAAAGGACAGACCAAAAUC